AGUAGAAUAAGAAAUAGCCAACGAAGAAGAAAUAGCAAAACAAAACAUUUCCGGUGUUUUCUGUAAUAUUCUGCAGCAAUCAUCCAUUUCUACCGCUUGUCCUACACAAUAUAACACUGAGUAAAGUGUCAUUUAUCAACAUGGAGCAAUAUAACACUGUGUAAAGUACCAUUUAUCAACAUGGAGCAAUAUAACACUGUGUAAAGUCUCAUUUAUCAACAUGGAGCAGACUGUCAACGCAGACUUCAACGAGCACCAAUACACCGGUACUCCUUGCAAAAAAUGGCGCAAUUGGCUGGGAUUUUGGUUGCUUGGAUUGUGCAACAACUUUGCUUACGUGGUUAUGCUCAGUGCUGCACAGGACAUCCUUCAAAAGCAACAGUCUGGAAACACAACAAAGUGGACUGUGAGCUUUUUGGACUCUGAAGGUGUGAAGAGUGGGAACAACAGUCGAUACGAUUGUAGUCCUGUGUCCACAGCAGCGGUGCUUCUAGCUGACAUCCUGCCAACACUCAUCAUCAAGUUGUCUGUGCCACUCGUUAUCCACAAAGUGCCUUAUGGAGUUCGAGUCCUGUUCUGUGUUGUCAUGGCUGCCACAAGUUUUCUCAUUGUUUCCUUCUCCUCGACGGUGUGGAUGAGCAUCAUAGGCGUGAUCUUUGCCAGUGCCAGCUCAGGAGUGGGAGAGUUAUCCUUCCUUUCUCUCACGGUCUACUACAGCAGGGAUGUACUUGGAGCCUGGGGCUCUGGGACUGGUGGGGCUGGUGUGGCAGGAGCCCUCCUUUAUUCAAGCCUCACUCAGGUUGGCCUGUCACCUCGGUCUACCCUUCUGACGAUGCUGACUGUCCCAUUGGCUAUGUUCCUUAGUUAUUUCCUCCUGCUGGCUCCGCCUCCUCACCUCCCUCAGUGGAAAGACCGAAGGGCCGACGGUGCUUUGCUUCCAGAGGAGAGGCAGGGACUGAUGGACCAAUCACAGGAGGAGCAGGAAACCUGCCACCAAGAGGGCAGGAACAGACAUGUUCCUCUCACUCUUCGCGAGAAACUCCAUAUCAUCAAAGACUUGAUGCCAUUUAUCUGUCCUUUGGUCCUGGUCUACUAUGCUGAGUACUUCAUCAACCAGGGCUUGAUGGAGCUCCUGUAUUUCCCAAGGUUUUUCCUGUCACAUGCGGAGCAGUAUCGCUGGUACCAGACUUUGUACCAGGUGGGCGUGUUUGUGUCUCGCUCCUCCUUGUCCUGUGUGAAGAUCAGAAAACUUUGGGGCCUUGCAGCACUCCAGGUGGUGAAUGCGGUUCUGCUCCUACUAGCAGUGUACUUCCGCUUCCUGCCUAGUGCCUGGCUGCUGUUCCCCAUCGUGUUGUACGAGGGUCUGCUGGGAGGAAGUGCCUACGUCAACACCUUCUACUUCAUCAGCAAGGAGACAGAAGACAGACAGCGAGAGUUUGCUAUGGCAGCUGCCAGCCUGGGAGACAGUCUGGGCAUCGCUUUGGCCGCACUGACCGCCUUUCCUGUGCACGCAUACUUCUGUGACUUAGUCUGACAACUACAUCCUCAUGACCGCCUUUCCUGUGCAAGCAUACUUCUGUGACUUAGCCUGACAACUACACCCUCAUGACUGCUUUUCCUGUGUAUGCAUUUUUCUGUGACAUAGUCCGACAAUUACAUCCUCAUGACCGCCUUUCCUGUGCAAGCAUACUUCUGUGACUUAGUCUAACAACUACAUCCUCAUGACCACCUUUCUUGUGGACGCAUAUUACUGUGACUUAGUCUGACAACUACAUCCUAAUGACCACUUUUCCUGUGCACGCAUACUUCUGUGACUUAGUCUGACAACUACAUCCUCAUGACCGCUUUUCCUGAGCUCACAUACUUUUGUGACUUAGUCUGACAACCACAUCCUAAUGACCACUUUUCCUGUGCACGCAUACUUCUGUGACUUAGUCUGACAACUACAUCCUCAUGACCGCUUUUCCUGAGCUCACAUACUUUUGUGACUUAGUCUGACAACCACAUCCUCAUGACUGCUUUUCCUGUGCAUGCAUUUUUCUGUGACUUAGUCCGACAACUACAUUCUCAUGACCGCCUUUUCUGUGCAAGCAUACUUCUGUGACUUAGUCCGACAACUACAUUCUCAUGACCGCCUUUUCUGUGCAAGCAUACUUCUGUGACCUAGUCCGACAACUACAUCCUCAUGACCGCCUUUCUUGUGCAAGUAUACUUCUGUGACUUAGUCUGACAACUACAUCCUCAUGACCGCCUUUCUUGUGCAAGUAUACUUCUGUGACUUAGUCUGACAACUACAUCCUCAUGACUGCUUUUCCUGUGCACGCAUUUUUCUGUGACUUAGUCUGACAACUACAUCCUCAUGACCACUUUUCCUGUGCACGCAUACUUCUGUGACUUAGUCUGACAACUACAUCCUCAUGACCGCUUUUCCUGUGCUCACAUACUUUUGUGACUUAGUCUGACAACCACAUCCUCAUGACUGCUUUUCCUGUGCAUGCAUUUUUCUGUGACUUAGUCCGACAACUACAUUCUCAUGACCGCCUUUUCUGUGCAAGCAUACUUCUGUGACUUAGUCCGACAACUACAUUCUCAUGACCGCCUUUUCUGUGCAAGCAUACUUCUGUGACCUAGUCCGACAACUACAUCCUCAUGACCGCCUUUCUUGUGCAAGUAUACUUCUGUGACUUAGUCUGACAACUACAUCCUCAUGACUGCUUUUCCUGUGCACGCAUUUUUCUGUGACUUAGUCUGACAACUACAUCCUCAUGACCGCCUUUCCUGUGCACACAUACUUCUGUGACUUUGUCUGACAACUACAUCCACAUGACCGCUUUUCCUGAGCACUCAUGACUCAUGUCAGACAACUUCAUCAACAUGACUCAUGUCAGACAACUACAUCAACAUGACUCAUGUCAGCACCACUUCACCCUCAUCGUCGUCUUGCAGGUUUUCUUUGUCUUUGUAGUCAAGAGUCAUGAAUAAAUAUUAAAAUUGUAA